UGUGAAACGUAAAGGAGAAGAGGUUCCCUUGGGAACUGUAUCACAGUACCGUUUGGUAGAAGAGAUUCUCACCAUGAAGAACAAACAGUUUCUGAGUUCCUGAAUUCAAAGGGCUUGUUCCCACAUGUCAGUAUGUGUUGGGUUCAUUAAAGUCACCUGGAUUUGGUCUCCCAAAAGUUACAUACUUAAUACUACUGCUGUCAUGUGCAAUGUCUAUCUAUCUAUCUAUCUAUCUAUCUAUCUAUCUAUCUAUCUAUCUAUCUAUCUAUCUAUCUAUCUAUCUAUCUAUCUAUCUAUCUAUCUAUCUAUCUAUCUAUCUAUCUGUCUAUCUAUCUAUCUAUCUAUCUAUCUAUCUAUCUAUCUAUCUAUCUAUCUAUCUAUCUAUCUAUCUAUUUACCAUGUUGUCAACCAUCGCCUCACAAUGUCAGAGACAGGUCGCCGAGUGCAGCCUAAUGUAUCUCGCUCUACAGUCUCCCCCAUCAUCCAAACCUUUUGCAGGGAAAACAGAUCCGCGAUGCAGUCCUACAGGACAGUGCCAUAUUCCAAAAUGUCAACUCCAUCAGCAUCUCCACAAUAGACCGGGUACUGAAGAAGCAUCAGAUGACCAUGAAGCAGAUUUACAGGGUACAUUUGAGAGGAACUCUGACAGAGAGAGAGAGCUGCGGUACCAGUAUGUGCAUAGAAUAAUGGCAUUAGAAGGGAAUGAAACACCUCACAUCCUGGUGUUUGUCGAUGAGGCUGGUUUCAACCUGGCCAAGGGCUGCAGACAUGGCCGUAACAUCAUUGGCCAGUGGGCCACGGUGGAUGUCCCAGGCCAGCAAGGGGGCAAUUUAACAAUGUGUGCUGCCAUAUCUGAGAAUGAUCUGGUCCCAGAAAACGAGAGAGGUCUCGAAGGGCCUGACCUUCCACAGUAUGUGAUCGUGUUGGACAAUGUGAAUUUCCACCUUGGCCCGCUCAUCAGGGCCUGGUUCACUACCCAUCCAAGGACGCUCAUGGAGCUACUACCACCAUACUCUCCUUUCCUCAAUCCGACUGAGGAGUUUUUUUCCGCUUGGAGGUGGAGAGUGUAUGAACAUCGGGCUGAAGACCAGAGGUCCGUGCUCCAUGCAAUGGAUGCUGCGUGCGAGGACAUCAUAGGGGAUCAGUGUAGGGGAUGGUUGAGACAUUCACACCGUUUCUUCCCUCGCUGCAUCGCAAGGGAAAAUAUCCCCUGCGAUGUGGACUAAAAUCUAUGGCCAGAGAGAGAAUAGCGCGUGGAUGGCCUGGAGGAUGAGGAUGGUGGCCAGGAGAGGGUGAUGACAGUGACCAGUGAAAGUGUUACUGUAGUUGUGAAAUUGUAUUUACAGCACUGUAGGCUAGAUAUAAUUUUUCUUGUUUUUUGUUUGUGUUUAUAUUUUGUACAUGUACAGAAUACUGUAUACAUUUUCUUUUUAUGUACUCUAAUGUAUGGAAGUUAAUUUAAGUGUGUGAAUAAAAAUGGU